AUGGACCCUGCGAACCCCAGCACCGUCAAGGAGGCCCUGAACGCACAAGGUAUUCUGUUGGGAAAACAUGACCAGCUUCUUCAAGGACUGAUGGACGCCCUACAGAAUCUCCCCCACAACGUUCAGGGUAUUGCACUAGACGGGAUAGCCACCCCCGACCCUGGACCCUCACCCGAUGUCUCCCCCCGACCGGACACCGGCCGCCACGUCAGAGGAGCCCAUGCAGUUGGGAAGAACCCGCCUGACUCCAGCGGAACGACAGAGGCAGAUGCUAGGUUCUCUGUGCCUAUACUGUGGACAAGCCGGUCACUACGCAGCAAGAUGCCCAGAGACGUCAAACGGUCGGGCUCAUCAGUGACCAAGAGCCCUCUGACAGGAUCGGAGACACCCCAAUUACCUCCUCCGGAUCUCAAGUCCGUCCCUCCCGAGUACCACGACUUGGCCUUGGUUUUCAGCAAGGAGAAAGCUCGUUCUCUCCCACCGCAUCACCCCUAUGACUGCGCCAUGGAUCUCCAUCCAGGAGCAGCCCUGCCAGCCAGCAGGUUGUACAAAUUGUCACUGUCGGAAAAAUCAUCUAUGGAGACCUACAUCAACGAGUCGCUGGCGGCUGGGAUCAUCCGUCCUUCAUCCUCCCCGCUGGGAGCAGGUUUUUUCUUUGUAGAGAAAAAAGACAACACUCUGCGCCACUGUAUUGAUUACCAAGGGCUUAAUGACAUCACCAUUAAAAACUGCACUCCGCUCCCUCUCAUAGACCCAUCAUUUGAACCACUCUGUCAUGCUCAAGUAUUCACCAAGUUAGAUCUUCGCAACGCAUACCAUUUAGUCCGCAUACGUGAGGGAGAUGAAUGGAAAACUGCUUUUAACACCCCGUUAGGACAUUUUGAGUAUUUGGUUUUGCCUUUCGGUCUCACAAACGCUCCUGCAGUUUUUCAGGCUAUGAUGAACGAUGUUUUUCGCGAUAUGAUAAAUCACUUUGUGUUUAUCUAUCUUGAUGACAUCCUCAUUUUUUCCCGUGACCAUAGAGAACAUCAGCAACAUGUGCGACUGGUUCUGCAACGGUUAUUGGAAAACCAACUCUAUGUUAAACCUGAAAAAUGUGAGUUCCACGUCCCCUCAGUCAGUUUUCUAGGAUACGUCAUCGCUCAAGGUCAGCUCCAGCCGGAUCCAGCUAAGAUCCAGGCAGCAGACUGGCCCACUCCAGCUUCCCGAAAAGAGCUACAGCGAUUUUUGGGUUUUGCUAAUUUCUACAGAAGAUUCAUCCGAGAUUAUAGCAAAGUUGUUGUUCCCCUCACGAAUCUAACUUCCUCCAAAGUGCCAUUUGAAUGGACACCAGAAGCCGAUGAAUCAUUCUCUGCUCUAAAAAAACUGUUUACUAGCGCUCCCGUUCUCCGAAUCCCGGAUCCGGCCCUCCAGUUCGUGGUGGAGGUGGAUGCGUCCGACACAGGAGUGGGAGCGGUGCUGUCGCAGCAAAACCCUGACACUCUGAACCUGCAUCCUUGUGCUUUCUUUUCUCGUCGUCUAAGCCCCGCUGAAAGGAAUUAUGAUGUUGGCAACCGUGAGUUGCUAGCGGUGAUUUUGGCUCUCCAGGAGUGGAGACAUUGGCUGGAGGGAACCACGCAGCCUUUCCUUAUCUGGACCGACCACAAGAACCUCUCAUACCUCCGAUCAGCUCGCCGUCUCAACCCCCGCCAAGCCCGGUGGGCCCUGUUCCUCAGUCGUUUCAACUACACCCUUUCCUAUCGUCCCGGUUCCCGCAAUACGAAACCAGAUUCCCUCUCUCGAGCCAACUCAGUUUCCCCCUCAUCUCCGGAAGAACCCCAGGAAAGGAGCACCAUCAUCCCAGCCUCUUGUGUAGUUGGAGCCGCGUCUUGGGAGAUUGAGUCCAGGGUGCGGGAGGCCCUCAGGGAUCAUCCUGACCCUGGGCAGGGGCCUCCAAACCGGCUUUUUGUUCCCCCUGCCGUCCGUUCUCCCGUCCUGCAGUGGGGACACUCCUCAAAGCUGGCGUGCCACCCCGGGGAAGAGGAGGUGGCCGUUCCCUCCGUGGGAGAACACAUCCGCAGGAUGCGUGAUGUGUGGCGGAACGUCAGAGCUGCACUGACGCGCUCAGCAGAGCAAAACAAGAGACUGGCAGAUCUUCAUCGCUCCCCGGCACCAAACAAUGAAGAUUCACCCAAAUUUCAUGUCUCCCUGUUGAAACCAGUGUCUUCCAGUGACCUCAGCCCUCCGGCCGUGCCCCCUCCGCCCCCCCGGCUCAUCGAUGACCACCCGGCCUACACAGUUUCUCGGAUUUUGGACGUUAGGCCGAAGGGCCGGGGUUUUCAAUACCUGGUCGAUUGGGAGGGGCUGGGCGGAGCCGACCUGAAUGAGACAAUCAAGCGUUGA